UGAAACCCAACAUGGACGCUGAUUUAGUGGAGUACGGCAGUUCGUCGGACGACGAAAAGAAGCUGAUUAAACCGACUGUGGAUAAAAAAACGGAAAGAUUGUCAAAUAGCCAAACAAAUUUUCAAAAGAAAUUGCAUUCAUCAUAUGAAGAGAAUGAUCUCUAUAAUCCUGAGAAACCUUCAAAUGACCGAGAUGAAUCUUGCCACAAUGACAAUGAUUCAAAUGAUCCUAAAUACAUGUCUUCUUCCUUACAAACUCUUACUGCCUCUCAGCAACAUUUAUUGUCAUCUGAAAUAAAGCAAGAUGUUGAUGUAAAGACAAGAAGCAAAAGUUCCUCGCCAAUAUCAACAAAAGAAAAAAUCUCAAAACAUGAUGAGUUUGGCGUGGAACAAAUAACAAAAAUAAAGGAUGAAGAUCUUCAUGAACACACUGAGCACAGAAGGUCUUCACAAACUCACAUUCGCCGACAAUCAAAGAGUCCUGGUAGACAUGGAGAUAGAAAAAGUAUGGAUAGGAGUCCACCAAGUGGACGUAGUCCCAUAAGGAAUUUAAGUCCUGGUCCUAAAGAGAAGAUUCCAAGAAAGAAGUAUAGAAGUCCUAGAAGAGGAGAUAACAGUCCAAGAAAAAAUGACAGAAGUCCUAGGAGAGGGAACAAAAGUCCUAGAAGAGGAGACAGAAGCCCUAGGAGAAGAGACAAAAGUCCUAGACAAAGAGACAAAAGUUCUAGACGAGGAGAUAGAAGUCCUCUUGGUCGGGAUAAAAGUCCAAAGAGAAAAGACAGAAGCCCCAAAAGGCGAGACAGGAGCCCUAGAAACGGAGGGGACAGAACUUCUAGAAGAGAAGGGCGAAACUAUAGAGGUCAAGAUAGGAGUCCUAGAAGGGAUGAAAGAAGUCCUAGAAGGGGGAACAGAAGUCCUAGAAGACGAAGUCCUCAAUAUAGUAAAUCCCCAGAUCAAAGGAGGAACGAAAAAAGAAUGUACCUUGGAGGACCGUCAAAGCCAAUUCCUCCUCAAAAAGAGAAAGAGAUAAUGUCUUCAGAAGAAGUUAUGAAAAAACUUGCUCAACGACAAGAAUCAUUGAAACACGAGGCUCAAGCUAAUGCUGAAACACACAAUUUACCCAGUUAUUUUAAUCCUUCGAUUGUCAAUCCACAAUUAUAUGCCAAACAACAAGAGAAGAGGAAAUUAUUAUGGAGUGGUAAAAAGAAAGAGGAGACCCCUACUAAUAAUGCCAUGUGGUCUGGAACAAAAUUCACCGGUGACCAAGGGGGUGAGAUGGGUGCAAAAUUCCGUCGACUGAUGGGUAUCAAAGGUGAAAGUGGUGUUAUGGAGGCCAGUGAUAAGGGACCAAGUAAAGGAGAGAAAAUUCUCACGGAUCUUGAAAUGGAAUUUGAACGAUCUCGUGCAUUUCAACUUUCACGUGGUGCGGGGGGGAAGAGCGGUAUUGGGUUAGGGUACAGCUCUUCAGCUUACCAACCUUAGUUUUACGAUAGUAAAAACAAUCUUUGAAUUGGGUAUGUUUGAUAUCCUGGUGUAUAGCAAAUAUGGAUGCUGAAACUAUUAUCAAGAUAACUUGAAACAUUUUUAUUUAUAAGGUAACCUAUAACCAUAUAUAAUACCGAACAUUCCUAAAUUUGCGAUAGUUUAAGCCAAAAGAGAAUAUUGGUUUCUUUCUAAAACGUUUUGUCGCAAAAUGUUUAUGUUAAGAAAUCGAUUUAUCAACGUUCACAACUAAAAAAUGAUCAUAACUAAACACUUUCUUCCUCAUGUAAAGUUUGCAUUUUAAAUUUGACUUACUUUGCAUUUGA